UGAUGCUGAACCAUGGAAUUACUAUGUAAUGUACUACGUACAACGUACUUAGUAAUUCCAUGUGCUGAACAUAGUCAUAGACUAUGGUCAAAAUUCUUUUUGGAAUUUUUGCUUUUGUUCUGUUGUAUUGUACAAUUCCGUCACUGCCAGUUAUCCUCGUUCAGCCUCGUAAUUUCUUUUGUGGUUCUGCAAUCCCAUAGUCAAAAUAAAGAAGAAUUAGUGAAUAUAUUUUAAUUUCUAAGGGCGACAAUUCAAUAUUAAAAUCAAAAUGGCAGAGCCAGAAGUGGUGGAUUUAGAUCUAACAAUCGACGAUUUAGUUCCCAAAAGUCCAGAAAGAUUGGCUGAAGAAAAAAAGGAAAGUGGUAACCAUUUGUAUAAAUUUAAAAAUUACAAAGGUGCUUUGGCCAUGUACGAAGAAGCUAUAAAGCUGUGUCCAGACAAUGCUUCAUAUUAUGGCAAUAGAUCUGCUUGCUAUAUGAUGCUGGGCAUGUAUAAAAAAGCCUUGGAAGAUGCUCAAAAAUCUGUUGCUCUUGAUAACAAUUUUACAAAAGGCUAUAUUCGCAUAGCUAAAUGUUGUAUUGCACUUGGUGAUUUAUCUGGUGCAGAGCAAGCAAUUUGUCGAGCAUCUGAACUAGGUGGAGCUGAUUGCGCUUCAAAUGAACGUAAAGCACUUAAAUCUUUACAGCGACUUCACGAUGAUGCACAGCGUGCCAUGGAAGCUGGUGACCAUCGACGUGUCGUAUUUUGUAUGGAUCGUUGUUUAGAAUACAGUCCCUCAAACUCUAAAGCGAAACUUAUGAAAGCUGAAUGUUUGGCAAUGAUUGGACGCUGUCAGGAAGCACAGGAAAUUGCAAAUGAUUCUUUAAGAUUUGACAGUUUUGAUACAGAAGCUAUUUAUGUCAGAGGUUUAUGCCUUUAUUUUGAGGAUAAGGAUGAACAAGCAUUCAAGCAUUUUCAACAAGUAUUACGUCUAGCACCUGAUCACAAAAAAGCUAUGGAGGCUUAUAAAAAAGCCAAACUCUUAAAACAAAAGAAAGAAGAAGGUAAUGAGGCAUUCAAGAUGGGCCGAUGGCAACAAGCUUUAGAUCUUUAUAAUGAAGCACUGACUAUUGAUAAAAAUAAUAGAAAAGUAAAUGCUAAGCUGUACUUUAAUAAAGCAACAGUUUGCUCAAAAUUAAAUCAAAUAAAAGAAGCAGCAGAAGCUUGUACAGCUGCCUUGGAGCUUGAUGAAACCUAUGUUAAAGCUUUGCUUCGGAGAGCAAAGUGUUACACAAGCUUAGGAGAAUAUGAAAAUGCUGUGAAAGAUUAUGAAAAACUUUAUAAGAUCGACAAAAGCAAAGAAAAUAAACAAUUACUGCAUGAAGCUAAAAUGGCCCUAAGAAAAUCGAAACGCAAAGACUAUUAUAAAAUUCUUGGAGUUGAGAAAACAGCAUCUGAAGAUGAUAUUAAAAAAGCGUAUAGAAAACGGGCCCUAGUUCACCAUCCUGACCGGCAUGCAGGAGCACCAGACAGCGAGAGAAAAGAACAAGAACGACGUUUUAAAGAAGUAGGCGAAGCUUACGAAGUUCUCAGUGAUCCAAAAAAACGUACACGUUAUGAUCAUGGCCAGUAUCUAGAUGACGACACCUCAGGCAUGGCUGAUUUCGACGCGAACAUGGUAUUUCAAACAUUCCUCAACCGUGGUGGACAACAUUUUAACUUCGGUGGCGGUGGAAUGCCAGGUUCCGCUUUUACCUUCCAGUAUGGAUAAAAUAAUGUUUUGUGUAUAUUUUCUCCUUUGAUACAGAAAAAUCAUAAUAAAAUUGUCAUUCCAUAUAA